AUGUCAUCUGGUGAAAACUUGGCGCCAAGAGAUGCAAAAGUCAUCUCGGUGAUUCUCAGAUCGCUCGGAAUAGAAGAAUGCGAACCAAAGGUAAUCAUACAGCUACUUGAGUUCGCAUACAAGUACUCUACUGAAGUCCUUGGAGACGCACUGCUCUUCUCAAAACAUGCAAACAGAACACAGAUCAACUCAAGCGAUGUGAAACUGGCAUUGCAGACAAAGGUUGGGAAGUACUUCGCCCCACCACCUCCAAGACAGUAUCUUGCAGAAAUAUCAUCAAUGACCAACUCAAAGCCACUAUCGGUUCCUGAUGGUGAGACACUGAUCAAGGUUCCUCCUUUAUCAUCUGCACUGCUGAGUCUUGACUAUGAGGUUCUUGAUAAGGACAGCGAUAAGAAGCGACGCAUAUAUUGA